AUGGGGUUUUUUACUGUCCCAGAGCUAAAUACCCGUUUGGGUACUUGGCGUGCCUAUCAUUUGGCCGCGAUCGUCUUUAUCUCUUCUUUCCUAUCCGGUUAUGACAGCGGUAUAGCCGGUGGAAUCUUGACAUUCGCGUCAUUCGAAAAAGAUUUCGGUUAUAAGGCAGCGCAUGAGUCCAAGGUCUCGUCGCUCACCGUGGGCUUGGAGCAAUUAGGCUCAUUCAUCGCCGCAGCCGCAGUCUACCCAAUAACUACCAAAUUUGGACGAAAAUGGGUAAUCAUUGGCGCAACCGGAAUUUUCUGCAUCGGCGUUAUCAUUCAAGUUAUUAACACUGGCUCACUCGCCGCUUGGUAUGUCGGUCGUAUCGUUGCUGGUAUAGGCAUGGGUGGUCAGAGUGUCGUGAUCCCCAUGUACUCAGCAGAGAUGACACCCAAGGAGAUUCGUGGUCGCUGUGGUUCAUUCUACCAAUGGAUGUAUGCGUGGGGUGUUUUCCUCGCAUACUGGGUCAACUAUGGUGUUGAGCAGAACUCUUCGAUUGCGGGCACCAGAAAAGAGUGGCAGAUUCCUGUUGGUCUCCAGCUAGUUUCUGGAGGAGCCCUCUUUAUCUUGACUUUCACCCUUCCCGAGUCGAUUCGCUGGCUCCUAACUCAGAACCGUACCGACGAGGCAUGGAAAUCAAUCACUUGGAUCCGAGGUGGUGAUAACGAGAAAACAAAAGAGGAAUUCGCAGAAACCCAACUUGGACUCCAAGCGGAGCGUUCUGAGAAAGAGGGUUUCACUUUUCGCGAGAUUCUUCAACCCGCCAACCGCCUUCGUUUCUUCGUUGGUCCUAUGCUUUUCAUCUUCCAAAAUGCAACCGGAAGUAGUGCUCUGGCUGUCUUCGCCCCUCAGUACUUCAAGCUAGUCGCUGGUGGUGGCGCCGACAUGCUCUUGACCGCUCUAUUCGGUGCGAUGAAGGUCAUCGCGUGUUCAUUCUUCAUCUUCUUCCUUUCCGAGCGAUUGACCCGUCGUGCGGCCCUAACCGGUGGUUCGGCAUUCAUGGGAGUCUGUAUGCUGAUUACCGCACUGAUCGUCGACAAGACACACACUACCAUAGACGGGAAUACUACCGCAGCAGGACGAGCAACAGUUGCAAUGCUCUACCUCAAUAUUAUGGUUUAUAACUGCUCUUGGGGCCCAAUGCCGUGGGCCUAUGUGCCCGAGAUCUUCCCAACCCGCAGUCGUGCCCUAGGUUUAGCUGUCAGUAUGCUGGCCCACUGGGCAACAUCUUUCUGCUUCUCAUUCGCAAGUCCAUACAUGAUCAAAAACGUUGGUGCUAACACCUUCCUCAUCUUCAUGGGAUUUGACUUUGUUGCUACUGGCUUCUGCUGGUUCUUCAUUAAGGAGACUCGGGGCAAGAAUCUUGAAAAGGCCGCUGGUACUGAAUGGGAAGUUGCCGAGCGUAACUCCGACGAUGAUGAGAAGGGUGGAGUCAUCGGUGUAGAUGGAAAGAAAGUACAGCUCGUUGCUGUGCAUGAAAGCUUCCAUACCAAUCUUCACCAUUCGGAUUAG